AUGUCGCUCCAUGCGCGUAGCCAGUGCGUUGCAGCUUUAAGUAGUCCAUCAUGCCUUGCGGUGUCCCACUUCAGUUUCGAGGUAAUUCACAAACUAAGGUCCCCGACGCGGCUGAGCAGAGCGGCACAUGUGUGUUCUCCCUCCUCCCUGAUUGAUUCCUCGUUGUCCGAGGACGCGCCUCUAUCUGUCGUGUUUACAUCGCGGAGGCGGGCAUGCGCGCUCGCCUCUGCGUCUGCGGGGUCGGCACGGACUAAACCGGGGAUCUCUUGCGUCUGACACGCCGCAGGGAGGGAGCGCUGACUUUUUACUCGAGCCGAGCGAGGCACAGAGAAGCGAGUGGGCAUCAAGAGUUGUGGUGCAACGACAUACUGAGGGGUGCUGCUGAAACAAGAGGAUGGAAAGCUGUGGCUCCCCCUUGUGGUGUGGAGGAGUGAGGGGCCUCUGAAUGAAGGCCAUGGAGCUGAAAGUGUGGGUGGACGGAGUGCAGCGCAUCGUGUGCGGAGUCACAGAGUUCACCACAUGCCAGGAAGUUGUCAUCGCUUUGGCACAAGCCAUUGGACGCACUGGCAGAUACACUCUGAUUGAGAAAUGGCGAGAAACAGAGCGACAUUUGGCUCCCCAUGAAAACCCCGUGGUGUCCCUCAAUAAGUGGGGUCAGUAUGCCAGCGACGUGCAGCUCAUCCUGCAGCGGACCGGCCCGUCUGUCAGCGAGCGGCCGACCUCUGACGGGCUGGCUUCCGUCCCAGAGCGAGGACUCUACCGCCAGAGCCUCCCGCCUCUGGCCAAACUGCGACCGUCAGGGGCCGAUCGCUCUCUCAAACGAAGGGAGCCCAAGCGCAAGUCUCUGACCUUCACCGGGGGUGCCAGGGGUCUGCGGGAUAUUUUUGGCAAAAGCAAAGAUUGUGAAGCCAAACAGCCCCAGCAGCGCGGUGUGAGCUUGAGCCUGAGCAGACUAGGAGGAGGCGGGGCAGCAUCUGUACCUGGGAGUCCAGCCAGAGAGCUGGGUCGCCUGGUGCAACUGCAGAGAGACAAACUCAGGGCCCUGGAGAGCCGCCUGCUGGGCUGUGAGGACGAGAUCCGAGACUGGGAGGACGCCGGCGGCGAGGCCACUGACGAAGGAAACUCUGAGGAUGAGCUGCUGCUUUUAGAGCAGCAGGUGAGGAGGAACGAAGCUGAAGCUGAGGAGGAGGAAUUCUGGCUGAACGAGCUGCAGAUCGAGCAGGAAAAUGAGCGUCAGCUGCGGCUGCAGCUAGCAGAGCUGCAGAGCCGAGUGCGUGACUGCGAGGCCAAGCUUUCAGAGUACUUAGCACGCAUUCAGAACAUGGAAACAAACUUGGAGCAGGAGAGGCUGCAGCAGGAGGCUGAGCUUAACCAGAAGGUCAAGAAGGAGGAGGUGCAAGCCCAGCUGGGGAAAGUUAAAGCGGAGUUGGAAAUCCAAAGCCAACAAACGUCCCGGCUGGAGAGCAGCUGCAUGGCGUUGGAGCGCUCACUCUGCCAGUCAGGCAAGAGAUUACAGGAAAGGGAGCAGGAGCUGGAGCAGCUGACAAAAGAGCUUCGACAGGUCAACCUGCAGCAGUUCAUUCAGCAGACUGGCACCAAGGUCACCGUGCUGCCCGCUCAGCCCACAGGAGAGAACGCCGCAGAGGGGGACUGCUGCUCUCUGAAGCGACUCGGUUCUUCCCGCCUCUUACCCAGUGACCUCCGUACUCUGCAGAGCAUGGCCUCUUCCAGCCUUAACCCUGAAGGCAUUUAUGUUUGAUCCUGAGCAGUCAUGACUAAACAGCCGGACUAACUCUGUAUCUCAAGUAAAAUGACUCUGCGAACUAUCACUGAGUUUUAGCGCCAUAUUGUGUCAACAGUCUGAAAACAGAAAAAGAAAAUUUGGCAAGAAGAUGCGCGUCUGUUUUGCCUCUUUUCCUGCACUGCCUCCAUCUGACUGCUACUGGAGUUCAAACCGAAGUCAAUAUCCAUUUGCAUACUAAUAUUUUCCAUUCUGUCUGAACUCUGAAGGAGAAAGUGGAGCUGUUGCAUAUUAAGUCUAAGUGACUACAAGCCAGCAGAUCUGCUCUAGAGACACAUGGAGGAGUGAGCUGCAAACAGAACUGAUGCUGUACACGAUGAGAGCAUUUCAGGACUUUUUGAACCAUGUUUUUAAAAAAAAAUUGCAUGAGCAUGCACAGACACUAGUCUUGUUCCUUAAACCAUAGCCAUAUCUAUUUGCCUUAUUCUGGUGGUUUAUUCCCAGACUUUAGCAAUGUUAAUAGAUCUCAAGGUAGCGUCUGAACACUAUGCCCCAUAUAGAUUGGUGUAUAUAAUUAGCACCAAUUUAGGUGUUUUCUGAUCACAACUGAUGUCAAUUUAAAUCAUAUUCCUUUAAAAAAAAUAAAAGUUGAGACUUAUGUAUUGAUUUAAGCUGAAAAUAACCUUAUUUGUUAUGUUUGAUGGUUCUAUACAAAAUAAAUUAACAGAUAUUAGAGAAAAUCUACUGUGCAAACAGAGUGAUGUGAAUGAAUGAGUGAAGUAUAUCAGAGGCCUUUAAUGUCUAAACUGUAAAUCCACGUUCAAAAAUGCAGUGUUACACUUUGGCCACUAGAUGGCGACAAAUACACGCAUUCUACCCCAAAGGGGAGCUUCAUGAAAGCCACUUACCUCCACUUGGCUCCAUGAAAGAAGCCUGCACUCAUGUACAAGGAGCAAAUAUGACUGUGUUUUAUUGUGUAACAAAGCCUCAGCACUUUAGCUUUUAGUGUAUAAAAGGUGCCACUUUUUUUUUGUCUGACCUGUUUUAUCAAACUAAAGAUAUCUCAUUAGAACCAAAGCUUGUGGAAGAAAACAAAAAUAUUGGAUGAAUGUCUUUUUCUUUAGAGUGUUCUGAUUUUUAGUCAAAAAGUAAAUGUUUUCUGGGUUUUUUAUUUGUUUUCGGGUUUUUUUAAGGCGGCUUAUGAGGUCACAUAGGAGCGCUCUGUCACAUGAUGAAAAUAUUAUUUUGGGAAAUAUGCAGGAUGACAAUAAUUGAUUCAAAAUAAAUGGAAAUCUGCUUUAAAAAUGAA